UUCGCGGAAACCUCUCUAAAUGCAGACCUGCGCAAUUGCUACACUGACUUUUCCGCUUGCCACUCCAUGAAAAGACACGGUAGCAAAAAUAUUCAGUAUCUCACGCGCUAUCACAGAACGAUCACAUGAUAUCACCAUCUAAUAAGCCAAUGUCGGCUUUACAUCAUCGUAAUGAGUACCACGAAUACAGUCUUCAGCUGAAUCGCUGGUUCUUGAGACCGAUCGGCGUCUGGCCGCAAUUACAUUCUAACACUACUGCCGAGAGACUUUUGUCGAAGAUUAUUCAGAUAACAUGCUAUACUCUCAUAGCUUUUACAGUCUUUCCUUGCAUGCUAUACUUCUAUUUCGAGGAACAAGAUCUCGAUAUUAAAAUGGAUUCGGUGGGUCCCGUAAGUCACUGGAUUAUGAGCGGAAUGAAUUAUUCCUCUCUGCUGUGGCGGAACAAAGACAUACGUCGUUGCAUCGAACAUAUAAAGAGCGAUUGGUGCAUGGUGAGCAAAGUCGAGGAUCGCGAGUUGAUGCUAAAAUAUGCCAAGUUCGGCCGAUUUGUAGCAGGAUUCUGCGCCAUGUUUAUGCAUUGCGGUGUGUUCUCGUACAGUGUCGUGUACAGUCUGUCGCCGAUAACCAUUGUGAUUGGCAACCAAAGCGUUUCGAUGCGACGAUUACCUUGCCCGUUUUACAGCAAGCUUUUGGAUACUAACCACGAUCCGGCGAAUCACAUUGUACUGGCCACACAAUUUCUGUCCGGUUUUAUAGCUAAUUCUAUCACGGUCGGUGCGUGCAGUCUCGCUGCGGUUUUCGCGACGCACGCGUGUGGACAAUUCGCCGUGCUCUAUUCACACUUGAAUAAAUUGGUCGAAAAGGAAGAAAAGCUGUCUGCCGAACAUAAGCUGGCUAAUAUAGUCGAACAUCACCUACGUGUUUUAAAUUUUCUAUCAUGCUUUGAAAAAAUUAUGAAUCAAAUUUGCAUGGUGGAAUUAAUCGGAUGCACAUUAAAUUUGUGUUUACUUGGCUUCUGUUCCAUUAAGGAGUGGAAAGCGAGAAACACGAAGACUUUAACAACAUAUGGUAUUUUGUUUGUAUCCUUAUCUUUUAAUAUUUUCAUAUUUUGUUACAUCGGUGAAUUAAUUACUGAACAGUGUAAAAAAGUCGGAGAAGCGGCUUAUUUUACUGAUUGGUAUCAUUUACCUCAUAAAACUGCUCUGGGCAUGGUGUUAAUAAUAUCAAGAUCCAGUGCGGCAAUAAAAAUUACUGCUGGUAAAUUGGUUCAACUCUCUUUAGUGACAUUUGGUGAUGUGAUUAAAACAUCUGCAGCAUAUCUCAAUAUACUUCGUACGUUAACUAUGUAACAUAAAAUAGACAUGAAUU